AUGGGUUGCGUCCCAAGUUGGAUUGUGCCGAAGCAAGAGCCGCCGAUGCUGCGCACGGCGAUUGACUUAUGUGUCUCGAUCGGUCUGGCAGCCAUGUCCACGCGGCAUGCCUCUGAAGUCGCCGAGAUUCAGUUGCAGCACGCGUCUGCCCUUCAGGCGCUUCAAGGUAAAGCAGAUGUUGCACUUGGACGUGCGCGUCUGGCAGAGGUCCAAUGCACGAGCUUGGAAGCCAAGAAGGCACGAUGUUUGGCAAUGUUGGCUCGUCAAACGGAGGCUCACGUGUGUUGUGAGUGUCUGUGUUUCUGGAGGAGAGUAUGCCAGUCGGCCAGGGAGCUUCGCCGAACGAAGCUGUCAACAGUGUCCGUCUUCUUGCGUGCCUUUGAGGAGGGCAAGUCGUUGCCUGGCAUGGUCUUUCACGGCUGGAGGGCUGUCUGUCUCGCCGAGCGGGCACAGCGGAGGCGGAACGAGCUGGAGGCACAGCUUUCGGGCCGUGAGUCAGUGCACCGAGCACGGCUGUCUUGGCUAAUGUCUUACCAAACAUCGUCCAAGUUGCAGGCUGAUGCCAAAGAGCUCUUCUUGUCUUGGAGAUGCUGGGCUUUGUCCGCUGGUUCCAGCGGUUUGCAUGCGCGACUGCGCCUUGAAGAGGCUCGUCGAAAUUCUGCGCAACGAUAUCUGUUGCAGCAAAGGGAGCGGCACGGCUCCAAAUUCACUCUGCAAGAUGUCCUGGGAGCUUGGUCUCAGGAGGUGUUGGUUAGACGCCAUCGCGAGGCCCUGGAGCAAUCCGAACUGGCUCGGGUGCGACACAUGCAAGCGUCCACCUCUCUCUCCUUGAAGUGGCUUGCUCUGCUUCAAGGCUCAAAGGAGGAAGUCCUGCUUUCCCGUGCAUUCUCGGCUCUUCGGCUUGAGGUCCAGGAGAGGGUCCAGGAGGCUCGCUCAAGGGCGCUAAGUGCACAGCAGGCCUCUGAGUUGGUUUCCUGCGCAAACGGGCGAGCCGUCCAGGCUGUACUACUCGCCAUGGACAGAAGUGGACACUCGCUUCAAAGAUGUGCCUUAGCAGAGUGGCGUGCUGCAGUUCAUGCUGGCAAGACUGUGCGCAGUUUGCAGGACCACGAGCGGAUGGUCUCAGCCAUGCGCCGCCACUUCGAUUGCAUAGCCACUGGAUUCUCGAGGCGGUCCCUGGUUCUGAGAGCGCAGGGUCAAGUCCUGAUGGCUUGGGCCCGUGCCUGUCGGCAGCGUGCCUUGGAGCACUUGCGACUACAAGAACGGGCACGGUCCUUUGAUUGGCGACGGAAGUUCGUAGAGACGAUAUGCUGGCACGGAAAGGAUUGCGACGACCAUCUCGCCUUCCACAUCUGGCAGGCCUGGAUCCGGUUUUGCCAACUUGCAGCCAGGGAUCGUGCAUCUGAACAUUUUUUGGGUCAGCUGCAACGGUUUCAAGUGAGCUGGUCGAAGACACAGAUCCUCAUGGUCGGGGCGUCGCUGCAGGUGCAGUUGCUCUUUCUGAAGAGAGCUUGCUUUGCAGCCUGGCGACGCGCACGAUGUUUGGCGCAAGCUUCGUGCGAUCAGCAGGAGCGUCAGCGACUUCAUCUUCGCUCUGCACGGUUGCAAUAUUCCCGAGAUUCGGUGCUGCAAGGUCUUGCAAAAAAGAUGGAGGAGGACGCCGUAGGCUUCUGGUUUCGAUUGGCCUGGGCUCUCUGGCGACGGCUGCGACUGGAAAGAAUGAUGGCUGAGGAGUGCGACAUCGUUGGCGCAAUUCUGGUGGAGUUGCAGGAACGCUGGGCCCAGCACGAAAAGCUCCGAGAGGCGCAGGAGCGAGCCGAUCAAGAGGCAUGCGCUCGUCUGGAGCAGCUGGGCCAAGAGGGAAUCCGACAAGUUCUCGCCAACAGCGGGACACGGUUGCCAGGGUACGUGCAGUCUCAUACACGACAGUGUGAGCAGCCUUGCGAUUCUAACGAGGGCUGCAAACGUGAGCCGUGA